CCACGCUCCAAUAACACCCUUCCGUUUCAACUUCUACAAAGUCAAUCAAUUACCAUAGUGUCAACCCUCCAAAGUUAAUUUCAGAGCAUUUCAUGUUUUAAAUGGAAUCCUUUUUCCCCCAUCCUCUCCCUCCCACUGUCUCCAAAGUCAACUCUUCUCUAUUCUUCCAUACCUUCCCUUCGUCUUCACACUUUUCCCUUACCUCCUUUCCUUCUUUCUUCUUAUCUUUUUCAAUUCCCCUGUUCUCGUCCAACUCGCUCUCCUCCUCCAUGGGCAACGGCUUGGCAAAGCUGACCCACUGCUUCUACCCAGCCGCCUGCGCCGCCACACCGUCGGCUUCGGAGCCUCACGACGAAGGUCUCGGGCACUCCUUCUGCUACGUCCGCCCCGACCUCUGCCUCUUGCCUUCCUCCUCCAACGACGAUCCCACCAUCUUCCACUCCAUCUCUGGCGCCGCUGUCAGCGCAAACGCCGCCACCGCGCUCUCCACCGACCCCUCCUCCAUCACUACCGCCUCCUCCUUCGCUUCCGCAGCCGCCUUCGAAAGCUCCACCUCCUUCUUCUCCGUUCCCCUUCAACCCGUUCCCCGCUUCUCCGGUCCCCUCUCCGACCGUGGCUUCCUCUCCGGCCCCAUCGAGCGUUCUUUCCUUUCCGGCCCCCUCGACAAACCCGCCCAUACCACCCUCCGUCGCUCCCGCUACUCCGCCUCUUCGCUCCUCCGCCGCAUCUCCCGAGCCAUCGGUGCAGCCCCUCGAGUAUCCACCGUCGCUCCCAAGGACUCCGACUCCGUCGACACCAGCAGCAGCGUCGAGGACGCCUCUGCCUCCACCGGCGAGCCGGACAGCCAUUGGGCCCAGGGAAAAGCAGGCGAAGACCGCGUUCACGUGGUCGUGUCCCGCGGCUGGGUCUUCGUCGGCAUCUACGAUGGCUUCAACGGCCCAGACGCCACCGACUACCUCCUAUCCAAUCUCUACCCCGCCAUCAAGCGCGAGCUCAACGGCUUGCUUUGCGUAGAAAGCCGCGAAUUUUCCGAUGAUUGCUUCCAACUCAAUGGUAAAAAAGGGAACAUUUUGGAAGUAGAACAUGCCCAAAUUCUAAAGGCUCUUUCUCGUGCUCUGAGGAAAACAGAGGAUAAGUAUUUGGAGGUAGCCGACAAAAUGAUGGCCGAGAAUCCCGAGCUUGCGCUGAUGGGUUCUUGCGUGCUUGUAAUGCUGAUGAGAGGUAAAGAUGUGUAUUUGAUGAACGUUGGAGAUAGCCGAGCAGUUUUAGCGAGGACUAGCUCUGAAGAAGAGGGAAUCAUCAUUGACGAUGCUUUGAAUGAUUAUGGAGAAAGGAUGGUUGAUCUGCGUACUUUGUCUGCUCUGCAACUUACUAUGGAUCAUAGCACUUGUGUUGAACAUGAAGUUCGCAGAAUAAAGAAAGAACAUCAAGACGAUGCUUCAGCCAUUGCUAAUGAUCGUGUGAAGGGUUAUCUGAAAGUUACAAGAGCCUUUGGCGCCGGAUUUCUGAAACAGCCUAAAUGGAAUGAUGCUCUUCUCAAAAUGUUCAGAAUAGACUAUAUUGGCACUUCUCCAUACAUAACAUGCAAUCCAUCUCUAUAUCACUACAAGCUCAGCGCAAGAGAUAAAUUCUUGAUAUUAUCCUCUGAUGGUCUCUACCAGUACUUGACCAAUGAUGAGGUAGUCACAGAAGUAGACCUGUUCAUUUCAACAACUCCUGAAGGUGAUCCUGCACAGCAUCUUGUUGAAGAAGUCCUCUUUCGUGCUGCAAAGAAAGCAGGGAUGGACUUCCAUGAAUUGCUUGAGAUACCGCAAGGGGAUCGAAGGCGAUAUCAUGAUGAUGUUUCAGUAAUUGUGAUCUCCUUGGAGGGAAAAAUAUGGAGGUCUUUUGUGUAAAUAAAUAUAUUAGUAAGUGAACAAGUGUAGAGUUUUACAGAUGAUCUUGAGCUUAUUCUUCAUUCUUUUCAUUAUUGAGGCAACUCUGGCUACCAGAUAAGCUCAGAGAAAGACAAGAUUGACUUUACUGUAAAGUUGGAAAUUAAGUUAUUCAAUUCAAUUAUUAUAGUUCAAAGACAAUGUAAUCUAUCAUUCUAAACGAAUACAUAAUUUUAUUUAUUUUUCAAUUCA